GCCGCCGCCCGUGGCCGAUGGAGAAGUACGAAAAGCUCGCCAAGAUCGGGGAGGGCUCCUACGGCGUGGUGUUUAAGUGCGUGCACAGAGACACCGGGCAGACGGUGGCCGUCAAGAAGUUUGUGGAAUCCGAGGACGACCCGCUCAUUAGGAAAAUAGCGCUGAGGGAGAUACGCAUGCUGAAGCAGCUGAAGCAUGUGAACCUGGUCAACCUGCUCGAGGUCUUCCGGAGGAAAAGGCGCCUUCACCUGGUCUUUGAAUUCUGCGAGCAGACAGUCCUCAAUGAAUUGGACAAGCAUCCUCGAGGAGUUCCCGAGGUGCAGCUUAAGAGUAUAGUGUGGCAGACACUACAGGCGGUGAACUUCUGCCACAAGCACAACUGCAUCCACCGCGACGUGAAGCCGGAGAACAUCCUCCUCACCAAGAACGGGGUCAUCAAGCUGUGCGACUUCGGCUUCGCCCGCAUCCUGACCGGUCCAGGGGACGACUACACGGACUACGUAGCGACCCGCUGGUACCGGGCCCCCGAGCUGCUGGUGGGGGACACUCAGUACGGGCCCCCCGUGGACGUGUGGGCGCUGGGCUGUGUGUUCGCCGAGCUGCUCCAUGGAAACCCGCUCUGGCCCGGGAGGUCCGAUGUGGACCAGCUGUACCUCAUCCGGAAAACACUAGGUGACCUGAUCCCUCGUCAUCAGCAGGUGUUCCACUCGAACGUCUUCUUCAGCGGAGUCAGUAUCCCCGAACCCGACACGACGGAGCCCUUGGAGAAGCGCUUCCACGGGGCGUCACCUCACGCCCUGCAGGUUAUGAAGUCAUGCCUGGUGAUGGACCCUUCCCUCAGGCUGUCCUGUGAGGAGCUACUGGAGCUGCCGUACUUCCUGGAGGAGGGCGGAGCCAACUGGGGCCGCGAGGGCGAGCGCCCCGGUAGACGAUACGAGAAGGGCUCCAGGCGCAGACAAGCGGGGCCCCAGUACCUGCCCCAGCUACCAAGCAGCAACAUCUCACCAGCACCGGACGUCAAGAAACAAGUCAAGCAUAAAUAUGACCAUCACCUGCCCAACAUUUAACCCCCCGACCAGAUAUGGAGCCAGCUACCC